UUGCGGCCAAGUCACUGCGCUUCACCCGAAUUUCCCCAUUCCCGCCGCAGGCUCCGGACAGCAUGGUCCUUGGGACAUUCCUGGCCAGGUGUCGGGAUUGUCACUCCCGUUAGGGACAGCGGCAGAGGCAGAUCGGAGCGACGGACCGCGGAGGGACAGCAUGGCCGGCGCGCUGCUGCUGCUGCUGCUGCUGCUGCUGCUCGCUCUGACCGGCGGCUCCGGGACCCAGCCCAUGGAUGUGAAGGUGCUGUCCCAGGUGAUCGGCUUCGUGGGCGAGUCUGUGACGCUGCCGUGCCACCUGCAACUUGUGGAGUCCACCUUGGAAGUGACCCAGAUCACGUGGAUGCGGGAGGAGCCUGAGGACACAGUGGCCGUCUUCCACCCCAAGCAGGGCGCCACCUACCCGGACCCCAAGAGGACGCGGUUCGCGGCGUACAGGCAGGGCAUGGAUCCGCAGGAUAUGGAUGUGUGGGAUGCGUCGCUGAUCCUGGCGGAGGUGCGCGCAGAGGACGAAGCCAACUACACGUGCACCUUCGCCACCUACCCCAUGGGCAGCAGGAGCGCGCGCACCCAGCUGCGAGUGCUGGCCCGGCCCCAGAGCACAGCCAAAGCCCUGGCAGUCCCGCUCAGCCCGCUCCCCUCCGAGCCUGUGCCCGUGGCCCGCUGUGUGUCCACUGGGGGACUCCCGCCCGCUGAAAUUUCCUGGUUGUCACACGAGAACAUCCCCACCAAUGAGACCAAGGACCCAGGGGGCACGUACACGGUCACCAGCUUCUUCACCUUGGUGCCCUCGAGCCAAGACGACGGCAAGAAUGUCACCUGCAAAGUGCAGCAUGAGAGCUUGAAGGAGCCGGUGCUGCUGCCAGUGACCUUGGCCUUGCACUAUCCACCUGAGGUCUCCAUCACCGGCUAUGAUGACAACUGGUACCUCGGCCGCAGGAAUGUCGCCCUGACCUGCCACGCCCACAGCAACCCCAAGUCCGAAAGCUACAACUGGAGCACGCCCACAGGUCCCCUGCCUCACUCUGCUGUGGCCCAGAACAACAAGCUCUUCAUCCAUACCGUGGACGAGUCUGUCAACACGACCUUCAUCUGCAGUGUCACAAAUGCCCUAGGAACCAGGCAGGAGGAAAUGGCCAUCCAAGUCAAAAAGACAUUGUCAGGCACAGACAGGAGGACUGUCAUCACCAUCGCCAUUGUCCUUGUGAUCAUCGCGGUUAUCGUGGGAGGCCUAGGGUUCUGUUGUGUGAGGCAGAGGAGACAUCGGGGUCAGCAACAGUCCAGCCCCUCGGCGAACGGGGCUGUCCACUAUUCACUUGUGAACACUGGUGAGGUCAACUCUCCCCAGGACCAGCCAACACGGAGCACCAGGUGACGGCCCAGGCGCCAGGUCACCCACGCAUGUCUCCUUGAGUGGACAGAGAGACAGAGCUGGGGAGGCCAGGGCCUCUCUGAGUGGCCCCACCCCACGGAGGAAGCCUCCUCCAGAGGGACAGGCCACCGCCAGAUGCACCCUCUGCUGCCCGGAGCAGUGGCUGGUACAAAUUUAGGAGCCUCCCAGAACCCCCCCUGCCCCAGCCAUUGCAAAGACUCACAGAACCAACAAAAAGAUAAUCAGACCAGCCAAGGAAAAGGAGCACAGGACAGGUCCAGGGGAUCCAGGCGCAGCUGCCAGCUGCCACUCCCCAGGAUUCAUGGAGACUGCUGUUUUCCCAGCAAUAAUGUGUACAGCAUACAAAACCAUCACCGGCAAGCUGGCAUGGUGCUUCAUGCUUGUAAUCCCAGCUACUCAGGAAGCAGGAGGAUCAGGAGUUCCAAGCCCGCCUGGGCUACACAGUGAGUUCACAACCAACCAGCAAGCUCCAUCCCAGACUGCAAAAGAAGAAAAAAAAAAAAAACUUUACAAAGGCCUAUGAGCUUGGAGGUUGCAAAAAAAAACAGAAACAAGAAGGAUUUGGGGUUUGCUCUGGGAAAAGACAGGAGAGUAUAGAACAAAAAAGGAUUGGGAAGAGAGGAACCAGGAUGAUGGGACAAUUGGGUAAAUUAGGGGGAGAUGAGACCGGGGGGCCCACAGUAUAGGGGAGACAAGAGACCAUCAGUCCCUUGACCACCUGGCACUUUCACUAAAGCUUAUUUAUUAAUUAAUUUAUUUUUAUUUAUUAUAUCUCCAGUAGCUAUGUGGAAGGCAUCUUUUGUGGGAACUAAGGAAGGGCUGAGUUUAGUGUGACAGUCACCACCUGUGACAGAAGCGGGGGUGUGAGCAUUGACCCUGAAGUGAGAAAGACGUCAGGGUGACAAGUGUGAUGCUACACGUCUAUAAUCCCUGCACUCUGGAGGUGAGGGCAGAUGAUCAUGAGGUUGAGGCCAGCCUGGACUACAUAGAGAGACACUGUCUCAAAAAAGCAAAAUUGAAAAUUGUGCAUUUCGGUUGGGCCACAGACUUAGUAGUUUAAAAAACAAAAUUAGGUCUGGGGGUAUAAGGUAUGGGUUUUUGCUGAGGUGAGCCUGGACCCAAAAUCCUCCUAUUUCUGCCUCCUGAGUGGUUGGGAUCUCACGUAUUUGUUGAGAUGGGGUCUCACUGCUUCUCCCUUCACUGGCCUUGAACUUUGACCCUCCUGACGUCCACCUCCCAAGUAGCUGUGAUUACAGGAGUCAGCCUCACACCAGUCCUGUAUUAUACUUUUUAUUGUUAUUUUAAAGAACAGUCUUUGAACUUUUUUUUUUAAGUCUACUGUAAAACAGUCUGUCACGUCAGUCAGCAGCAGCCUCUGACAUCUCACAUUUACUGAGGCCAAUAAAUGUAUUUUUGUUGUUUUGUUUUUUGUUUCUUGAGCCAGGGUCUCACUAUGCAGCCCAGGCUGUCCUCCACCUCCCGGGUGCUGGAACUACAGGCGUGCACCACCACGCUUGUGGUUCUCCUGCUGCCUGUACUCCAUGGGGGGAUAGCAGGACGGCUUUAGCCAGACCCCUAAGGAUGGACAUUUUAUUGUGUCCAGCCUUUCACUAGUACUAUGCCACACACUGUCACUGGGCUCAUGUUGAUGCCUGGGGGUGUGACACACUCCUGGAGGUGGCAUUGUUGGGUCAGAGACCCCGUGCCCUUGUCACAGUGAUAGACACUGACAACUGGCCAUCCUGGAAACUGGCCCCAGGGCUUUGGUAAGAGUCUCGCACAAACUUUAUAUAAGCUUCAGAAAGCCGUAGUAUCCAUCUCAGAGAAGGAGGUUCUGGUGGCAGUCCAAGGUGGGGGCAGGGAUCAAUCCUGUCUUAUCUUGCUUUAAAGAGCUGGAAAGUUCUAGAAGCCCCUGGGUUGCAGAUUGCUUGGGUGAGGAUGCCUGUGCUACUGAAGUCAGACUUCUUUUAAAAGGAUAAGUUGCCCAGGAAUUCCACUUCUGGGUAUGUGUACUUAUUGAAAACAUAGCCGGGCAUGGUGGUACAUGCCUGUAAUCCCAGCAGUUGGGAGG